CCAAGCACCACAUUGUCAUUACGCCAGCUCAUCAUUGCACCAAACGGUACUAGCUAGUUCAUGUAUGUAGUGCUCAAGUUAUUGUAGAUCACAACACAGCAAUCCACUUAUCACUUCUUAUCUACACUCUUACUACCGUAUAUCUGAUCUGUGAAGCAGCCAUGAAGUCAUCGAUCCUUUUGGCUACAGCAGCCGUCUGCUUGGCGCUUUCUUUCUGCGCAGAACAAAUUUCAGCCUUUGCUCCGUCGUCAACGGGAUCUUAUCGUCAAUCGACGAGCCUUUCGGUAUUUGGAAAGAAAUCUGGUGGUGUUGGCGGCGGUAUCAAGCCAACGUUUGAUGCAGCGAGCGGAAAAUGGCAAAAGGGUCCAGAUGAUGAUGGUGUUUACGCCUACGACGCUGUCGGUGCCUUAUUGCGAUACGGGCCAGGUCCAUUCAUUAAGCGAACAUUCGAUGCUGACGGAUAUGAACAGGAGAUAUUGAACUUCAUGGCAGCGUCUGGUUGUGACCGUUCGGAAGCGACUGGUAAUAUGGAUUUCAAAUUCGAUAAUGCCGCAGAUUGGAUGUAUCGAAAGGUGGAAGAAAAGAGGACGGGGAAAAAGAUUGAUUUGAACUAUCUCGAUAAGAAAAAGGCUGCCUUGACUAUAAUUUGGGCACUCGGAAUUACGCCAAUGGCAUUCUAUGUCGUUUCUGAAACUGUUAGACAAUUCUGAAGAAAAAAGAUGAUAAAGAACGCUUGCUCCUUGCAACUGCGACUAGAUAUAUCUUAUUGGCUGCUAUCCUACUUUAGGUUACGCACGGUAACAUGUUUUAGGUUUUCGUGGUUUUCUGAC